GGGAAAAAUGUAGAGUGUAUCAAAAUGCAUGAUGUCGUACGUGACGUGGCUAUAUCAAUUGCAUCUAGGAAGGAGCAUUCGAUUGUCGUGAGAUGUGAUGAAGUAUUGAAAGAAUGGCCCAAGAAAGACCGACUCGAAAAAAACGCUAUUAUUUCAUUAAAAGUUGAUGGUAUGCAUGGGCUUCCUGGCAAUUUAGAAUUUCCAAAUCUCCAUCUUCUAAAGCUAGAUUGCAAUGCUGGAUUAUCACCAAUCUUAUUAGAGGAUCUCAACAAAGGAAUGGAGGAAGUCAAAGUACAAGAGACCCAAGACAGUUUUUACCAAGGAAUGAAAGAACUUAAAGUGCUAGCUUUAUCCCAUAUGUACGGCUCAUUGACGACAUCACUUGGAUGCUUGACCAACCUCCGAACCUUGUCAUUUUUUCAUUGCCGACUUAUUGAUGAUGGUAUCUCUGUUAUCGGAGCAUUAGAGAACCUGGAAAUUUUGAGGUUUGGCGACUCUUAUAUCAAGGAAUUGCCAAAAGAAAUAAUAGGUCACCUUGCUCACUUGAAGGUACUUGAUUUGUUGGGAUGUGUAGUGGAAAGGAUUUGCCCAGGGGUUUUGUCAAGCUUAUCAAAGCUAGAAGAGUUGUAUGUUGGGUCUAUCUUCAAAAGUUGGUGUGAAGUUGAAGAAAGCAAAGAAGGUGCUAAAGCAAUUAUUGAUGAACUGGCGUCCUUGUCCAAUUUGGUGGCUUUGGAUAUUGCUGUAAUAAACAUUUCCUUCUGGCCGAGAGGUUUGGUCAUUGAGAAGUUAAAAAAGUUCAAUAUACGUGUUGGCACUUCCCUUUGGAGCUACAAUGCUGACCGUUGUUCUUCGUUAUCAAAUCAGUUGCAGCUUCGAGUUGAAAACAUGAGUGACAUUAUUGAAACAAGGCUUAAUUUUCUGUGGAAGAGCACUGAAAUUCUGAAUUUAACCUCAAGAGUAAAAGGUUUAAAAAUUCUCUGUGAUUUGGUCGGCGAAGGUGGUUUUGAAUGCUUAACGUAUUUGUCACUAGAUAUGUUGUAUGAUUUGGAAUACCUCAUCAAUACAGCAGAUGGGGUUCCACAGAGUGCUUUCCCUGUGUUAGAGAGUAUAUGUCUUUAUUGUUUGGAUAAUUUCAAAGGGAUUACUAGUCAUGAAUGCCGACAAUCGAGCAAGGCUUUGUGGAAGGGUCCCACCCAACUUGUAUGGCUCCGCAACUUGACGUCUGUAGAAGUGGUGUGUUGUCUUAUACUAGAAAGUAUGUUCUCACUUUCCAUAGCUAGAGAUCUAGUGCAACUGCAGUCCCUUAGGAUAGUUGGUUGUCCCAUGAUGGAAGAAAUUGUUUCGAGUGAAGGAGUAGAGCAUGAAAUAGCAGCAAUAGCAACAAAUAAAAUCAAGUUUCCUAAACUAAAGGAAUUGAUUCUUGAAGACCUGCCAAGUUUGACUGCUAUCUCCAAAGCUAUGAAUGCAAUUGAGCUGCCACAACUGAGUUCCUUGAGACUCUGGAAUAUGCCAAAGCUGAAACGUCUCUGUCCUGCUUCAGAUUCAGAGAGUAAUUGUGAUCCUAUCAUUCAACCCCUCUUCAACGACAAGGGUCUCACCAAACUUGUAUGGCUCGGCAACCUGACGUCUGUAGAAGUGGAGGGAUGUCUUAUAUAGAAAGUAUGUUCUCACUUUCCAUAGCUACAGAUCGAGCGCAACUGCAGUACCUUAGGAUAGGUAAU